AUGUUCGAUCAUCAACAAUUCCGAUCGCGGUCUGCAUCGGAACAAGGGCGGCAGCAGCGGCGAUGGAGAACGGAGGCUAGGGAGGAAAGAAGAGCAUCACGUGAUGGCUGGAAUAGUGAGUGCAGGGUGGAGGAGCGUGAUGGCAGGCGGUGCGAUCGCAGGCUUGGUCUUGAUAAUGGAGAAUUGGUGAAAAAUGGUGAUGGAGGCAGGAAAGGAAGCAAGCAGGAGGGUGGUAACCGACAGGAUUUUGGCAAAGGAGGUUCUUCACUAAUGAAGGAAUUAGGCCAAGGCAACGAAGGUGUUAAUAGGGGUUUAGUGAAUCCAAAAAAACAACAUGGAAUUGGCAAUAUUGUGCAUCACCAAAAUGGUGAAGGUGUUGUUUUGGGAUCUAACCUCAAACGGUACGUAUCUUUUUAUUUUACAAAUUUUCCAGCACAAAUGUCGAAUUUUUAUCUUAGGAAGGGAUUUGAAGUUUGCGGUAUGCUGGAAGAUGUGUACGUUGCCAAAAAAAGAAAUAUAUUCGGUCAACCCUACGGCUUCGUCAAGUUCUCUAAUGUUAGAAAUAUAACAAAAAUGACGAGUGCCUUAAACGCUGUCUGGUUCGGUCAUUUUCGCGUUAGAGCUAGUGUGGCUAAGUUUGAACGUAACGAUGAUGGGGCGCGAAGAAGACCGAAUAAACAAAAGGAUGGCCUGAAUAAGGGAGUGGACGUUGGUGUGUCGAAUGAUGGGAAGCAUAAUUCAAUGACCCCGGUAGUACCCACUUAUCGUGAGGAAAGUACUAAGGAUCCGGGGAAAAAGACACAUCAUAAUGGUGUUAAUGUCCCAAGUGUGGUGAAAGAUGGUAGUGAACCUACGGAAGGAGUGCGGGUGGGGGACAUAGUAGUCAAGCUAGGGGUACAGAAGGAGAAGUUAUCCCAUAAACAAUCCCAAAAAGAGGAGGGUGAGAUAAACUCUAAAGGGUUGGAACAGUCAGCUGAUUUUGCUAAGAAUUGUAGAGUUUUCAUGCGAAGCUAUCAAACUAAGUCAGAUGACGUGAAGUGGGCUCGUAAUUGUGUAGUGGCUACAGUCAUCAAUGGCGAGGCGAUAUCUGUGGUGCAGAACAGAAUAUUGGAUGCGGGAUUUAAGGACUUGGUCCUCAUCCCUAUGGGUGCCGACAGGGUUUUUGUGCGAAGUAUGGAGGAUGUCGAUGCUAUGACAACGUUGAAUAAUGCUAAGGAGUUCUUCCAACUUGUUUUUUCGAUUUGGACGCGCUGGGAUAAGGAAGAGUUGUCUUAUCGGAGAGGUGCGUGGGUACGUCUGUACGGUAUCCCUAUCCAUGCUUGGAAUGAACAAUUCUUCAAACUAUGUGUUUUGUACUGUGGAAGUUUCCUUCGAACAGAUAAUGAUUAUGUUGAAAAAGGUAGGCUCGAUUUCGCGCGGGUUCUGAUAGCUACACCUGAUUUAGAUAUAAUCAAAAGAAGUGAGAGUGUCCUGGUGAAUGGAACUCCUGUGGUGAUUAAGAUUGUGGAAGAGUGGGGGUACGCUAUGGGAGAGGAUGCCUGUCUUUUUGAGGAGGAAAGUGAGUCAGAGGCUUCCCAAGCUGAAUGUUGUGAGGGACUAGUGGAUCCGGAAAUCCAACGCAAUGUUGACUUACUCGCUAAUAAAUUUAAGGAAGAUUUGGAGGAUGAGGAUCGAGAUGUUUUCCAAGGAAUGCUGGAUGAAGAGUCCUUAGAGGAGUCAGUUGGUAAUUCAGGUUCAAAGGGAGUCGAGAACAACAUUUCUAACUUGAGGAUGGACGCUCAUAAAGUGUCCGAUCAGGAAGCUCAAACUCAUCCAAUUCCUCGGCUGCUACUUAGUAAGCGAACUAAUUCCUGUCCUCCGGAGGCGAGACGCUCUGUAAUGUCGGGGCCUUGGAGUUUGGAAUGGUUACAGGACCAGAAUCACGAGGAUGCAGGAGUAAUUUUUUCAGCAAGUAAGAAAAGUAGAAAGGGGAACCAUCUUGGGCCGAGUCUUAAGAAGAAUGGGGAGCAGGAUCCGAGGAGGAGGAGAGCAGGAGGGUUGCUUCGUCAUCCAGUCCAUAGUCUCAAAAAAGUUGUUAGGAUGCCAAGCAAAGAUCGUUGUGUGGUUCUAAAAGUCUUAAAGAAGAGCGUCCGUCAACGCAGGGGCGGAGACGGAGUCAAUCGAUCUUGCACUAUGAGCCGCCAAGCCUCCUCUGGUGAUUCAUCUUCGUCAGGUUCUGUCAACAACGACUGGCAGAAUUGGGUGGCUAUUCACGACAAUGACCAAUUGGCGGUGGAUGAUGUGUGGGGAUAG